AUGGUGCUGUCCCAGGCCCCAAAUCCACAGAACGAUGCCAACGCGACUGAAAGAAAUACUACCGACCCGAUCAUCUCUCCCGCUGGAGCCGAGUCUCUAAUCCUGAACAUCUUGCAGAACCUAGGUCACUUUGACGAUCUUUUCGCUGCUGCAAUUGUCAACCAUGGCUUUUACCGAGUUUUCAAACGCCAUGAACUUGAUCUCAUCAAGUCGACUCUUCGAGCCAUGUCCCCUCCAGCAUGGGAAUUUCGGGAAAUCGCGUUCCCCGGCCAUGACAGUUUGCAUGCACACGAUCUCGAGAUGACGCGGCCCGAAGAGGAAUACUCUCCUACGUCGUAUCUGCAGCUCCAGAAACAAGACAUUCAAGUGAUCCGCGCCAUCAAGCUGGAGAUUUUGGAAAAGUGCCAGUCGUUUGUGCGACCAGAGAUAUCGGUUGCGCUCAUGAGCGCGAACCCAUCGGAAUCAGCUAGGGUAGACGAUGCGUUGUGGCGCAUAUGGACAUUUUGCACAAUCUUCGGCUCGGGCAAAGGUCGAGAAGAUGAUCUUGUUGCGCAAAUGGACUGGCUGAAUGGAGGAACAAUAGCCCAUCAGGAAACUUGUACUUUCAGCAUCUCGGGCACGGAUUUCAUGAAUGAUACGCUGGUCGGUGCUUCUGAGAGUUUUGGCAAGGGUAACGAAGGCGGGCUCAGUGCCGAGCAGCUCUUUGACAUUAUGGAAUUAUGGAACUGCUUAGCAGUGCUCUUACAAAGCUUCGAAGGCCGGACAGUUCAAGCGCGCCAGGCAGGCAUAUACGAUGACACGGAAAUCCGGGGCGGAGACAUUGAUGGUGAAGAGAUGAUGCUCGCCGCCGUCCUGAAACUAACUGGACCCUACCAUCCUUCCGACCCCAAAGGCUUUGCUAUUGCUGCUGAGAACGGCUGGGUCAACUGGAAGCCUCCAACUCUCGGAGAUACUCGUCGCAAGUUUCUCCGGGAAGCCGCUUCUCGCAUCUACGAAGACAAGAUAGCAAAUACCUACGCAAAAAUCUCUACCCGCGACGUCCAGCGCGAGCAAUCCAAGAUGCGCAUCCAAAAGCAUAUCAAGGAACUCCAUCAGCGCAAGAAAAGCGGCGAAACUGGCCCGAUGAUUUCCAUGUCGCAAGAACGACCCAUGUCGGACUGGGAUACAGUUCUCAGGAACCUGACUCGUCCUCCGAUUCCUAAACAAGGUUCAACAGGCGAUAUUAUCACUCAUGUGCCUGGUCUCAAAUCAUCAGUAGCAAUUCCCAACGGAGGCUACUCCAUAUCGGAGCUCCCGGCAACAAGAACCCCUUCACCAACUCAAAGGAUAGUCGCUCGACCGCUGCUACCGACCCCAGCUCCCUCAACGAUACCUGCCCUCGACCAACAUAGUGUAGUCUCAGGCCUACCACCCGGUGAAGAAAAUGUAGCGUCGCCUCAAUGGAGAACAGCAGCAAGGCCUCUUCUCCCGUCCCCAUCAAUAUCCACCUUCCAGAGCAACCGCGACCUGUACACCCUGGACGCCAUCUCCAGUAUCGGUUCACCAUCCCGUCGCAUGAUCGCCGAACCUCUCCUCCCAACUCCCUCGACCACGACAGCAUCCAACACACGCGACUGGCAAGCCGGCGGCACAGUCAUCUCGAUGCCCUCGAUCCUCGAAGACGCACCUUCCCACCAUCCUCUAUCCCCCGUGCAAGCCCGACCCAAUCAUCUUGUUUUCCAUCAACGCAAAGAGAGCCGCGACAGCGACCUCAGCUCAUCCGCCAGUCCCCGAAGCGCAAUCUUCCAGCAGCACGAGCGCCAACACUCCAUCUACUCGAGCCCCAGCCACGAAAACACUGCCGAGAAAGCGAUUUACCGCAUCGUAGAAAUGGGUUUUACGCCCGAGCAAGCAAGAGAUGCCCUGCGUGUGACGGAUCUCGGGUCUGGGCUCAGAGUUGACUGCGCGGUGGAGUUGUUGCUUAGCCGACAGGCAUGA